UAUGGGUUGUCCUCUAUUAUCAGUUUCAUCUUGCUAGUCCCCUUGUCUUUUUUAUUACAAAAUACUUUAUGUUGAAACUUGUUGCAUGUCUUCAAUAAAUAUAUAUAUAAAUUCUAAUUAAUUCAGAAUUGCAGCUGUUCCGUUUGGCUUAGCUUUGUCAGAUUUAGUUUGUGCUGCGAAACCGUUAAAAGGCUUUAUUCUUUAGAAGAGAACAGGUACAACAUUGAAGAAACCACGGAGAUGGGGCUGAGUAAGAGUUUCUCUUCAAUUCUCUUUGUGUUUCUUUUUGUGGGUUUGUCUUCUUCAGCUUUCCUUUCAGAUGAUGUGUUUGGAUCUCAUGCUGCUACUGGCAGAAACCUUCUGCAAGCUAAGAAAGCUUGCCCUGUGAACUUUGAGUUCCAGAAUUACACCAUCAUCACAAGCCAAUGCAAAGGACCAGAUUACCCAGCCAAUAGCUGUUGCAAUGCUUUUAAGGAAUUCGCCUGCCCUUUCGCCGAUGAAAUCAAUGACUUAACAACAGAUUGUGCUUCAACCAUGUUCAGCUACAUAAACCUGCAUGGAAAAUACCCUCCUGGCCUUUUUGCCGCUGAGUGUCGCGAAGAUAAGGAAGGACUUCCAUGCCCGGCACUUCCACCAUCAAUGUCAGUCAAAGCUAACAUGGGUGCUGUCACAGGUAAUCCAUCCAUGCUGCUAAUGGUGACAAGUAGCUUCCUAGUGCUGUUGUUCCAGUUACUAAAAGUCACAUAACUGUCAUUCUUGUGAUUGCUGAUAGUUUAUAUGUUCAGAGUUAAAGAAAUCACUUUGAGUAAGGCAUACAGAGAAUUGAAACCCCGUAUGUAUUUUUCAUUGAAACAUAAAAGGGCACCUCCAUUUUUAUUCA